AACUCUUGGUCCCCAGCCCAGGCAGGUCCCCCGCGGGCGUGGCCGGGUGGGGAGCCGGGGCUGGGGCCAACAUCCCCUCGGGAGAUCCGGCAGCGCUUUUCAGGGUCCUAGGACUGAACUCUCCCCGGGAUGCCUGGGACAGGCCUCCCGGAGUUGUGCAGGCUAGAGGCAGGUCAGGAGCUUUAAGAUCCCAGGACGCUGGGCAGGGCUGGCGUAAGGGGAAGGUCCAGAGGCAGCGGAGCGCUCAGGCCGCUGGGGACCCCGGCGUGGGGAGGCGGUCCCAUCCUGCGCCCGCGGGCGGGGUGCGCAGGCACAGCAGUUAUUUUGGGACUCGCCCUGGUCUGCCGCAUUUCCAGCCACUCCACUUCCAGAGCUGUCCCUGGGCCCAGGUCUGGGGCGAAGAUGCCGGCCCUGCACAUCGAAGAUUUGCCAGAAAAGGAAAAGCUGAAGAUGGAAGUUGAGCAACUUCGCAAAGAAGUGAAGUUGCAGAGACAACAGGUGUCUAAAUGUUCUGAAGAAAUAAAAAACUACAUUGAAGAACGUUCUGGAGAGGAUCCUCUGGUGAAAGGAAUUCCAGAAGACAAGAACCCCUUUAAAGAAAAAGGCAGCUGCAUUAUUUCAUAAAUAACUCUGGGGAGAAACCUUAUCCUCAGUGGAAGAACUAGCUUGUUUUAGUUUUCCGAAAUAAAACCGACAUGCUUUUUAAAGAAGGAAAGCUAAAUUUAAAGCGGACUUUCUCAAGCACUUAUAUAGAUAUGGUUUCAUAUUGUAUAAAAUCUAUGUGCUUCUCAUCUUUGCUCACUAUCCAUCCUUUUUAAGAGGGCAGAGAGCAUCAAAUGUACAAUAAUGGAAAUAAGGACAUUACUUGUGCAUGACUCACCUCUUUCAGUAUAUUGCUUGAUGCCUCAAAUAAAGUUUUAUCUCUGGAAAAUAA